CUUCUAAGAAACAUGUUUUAGGGUCUUCCAAGGCAGGCGCCCUUCGAGUGAUUUGAGAAGUUCGACCAACCAUUGAGGACUUCCCUUCCAACCCGAUGCACUUUGGCUCAAGAAUUCGCAUCUUCGCAUGGGGGCGAGUUUCACAGCGCUGUGUUCUCGCCGACGGCCUGUGGAGGCCAAUCGUCCCAGAGAGCUGGACAGAGUCAUGGGCCCACCGGAGGUCUCCUUCGAGUUGGUGUCGGCCUAUCCUGAGGCAAAGCCUUUGCAAAAGAAGGUGUCACUGUCAGCAUACAAAGGUAAGCCCACGGUGAUCCAUUUCUACACCUCCUGAGGCGGAUGUUGGCCCUGUGCGCAGCAGAUGAACUCGUGGGCUGCUGGGGCCACCUAUGACUGCAACUUUUUGUGCAUCUGUGUCCUAGGCGAUCGCAGUGCCUAUGGACUUUGCAAGGAGAUGAGUACCCAGAUGAAGUUGACACACUGCGUCAAUGGCUUUGUGGCAUCACCGAGUGACAUGCCAACGUAUGGACAGCUAGGGUGUCAAGGCUUCAUCGUUUUAGACAAGGAGCACAAUGUUGUUUCCGAAGGUACCACACCCUUCAUGCAGGUUCGUGCCCUUGCCUUCCAACACGUAGAGGCUUUGUUGGAUGCAAUCUGCAACAACACUCCGAUACCAAGCAUUUGCCCUGGUGAAAUGGGCGAGAUCAUCGGGCCGGAACUCACCGGUUGUAGGGGAGUUUGCAUCAAGGUCCACAAGGAAAAGGUUGACUUCGGCUUCAUGGAUGGUCCGCACCAGGGAAAGAUGAUGUCUUUCCACCAGUCGAUGGUGAGACGCUUGAGCCUGGACGAAGAGGGUGGAGGCGGUGGAGGCGGCUCCAGUUGCGGGACGGGCACCUGUGGUGUUGGAACCUGUGGCUCUGGCCAAUGCGGUGACAAAGGCACAAGCUGCAAGGACGUUUGUGCUGACGGAAGCUGUGGCAGUGGUUCCUGCAAGCCAACAGGAUGUGAUCCAAGCAGCUGCGAGAAGCCGGAGUGCCAAAUCGACGCCGACUUCCUGGAGCAAUCCCUGGACAUUGCCAGUGUGAAGGUGUCCUCAAUGGACUCGGAGCAUGCAGAGUGUGCCAAAGCCUUGCGUGUGCUGGCGGAGAAGAGGUCUGAGGAAUCCUUGCAGGACGUGCUAAAGUGCCUCUCGGAUCACUUUUUGCACGAGGAACAGCUCUUUGAGCAGUUUGGCUUCGGCGUGCAUGUGAACGAAAAGCUGUCCGCCAAGAAGAGUCACACGGACGAGCAUCAUCGUUUGCUGGACAAGGUGCAGAAACAGUUGGCCAGAGGGACCGUACCAGCAGGGUUUGUGAAGGAUCUUCUUAAGGACUUUCACGAACACACCAGCCUUUACGACAUGCAGUAUGCAGACUUCUUGGCCUCAAAGGGUGCCAGCUAGUUAGCGCUUUGUUAGCGCGCCUCGAAACGUGAUGUGAGGGGUGUCCAAAUCAACGAAGGCCCCUGAAGGGGCACAAGAAGCCACUAAGCCAGUUGCUCAGCGCAGGCAUAGCCCAAUUGAAGGCACUGGUGGACCAAGAAGCAAACUAGCCCCAGUCCAAAGUGAAAGGCUGAGCGCACUCCCAAAAACAA